AUGGCUGGAGACGAGGAUAAAUCUGUUUUUUCUCAGGAAGUAAAAAUAUCAGAAAGUGACAUUGAUAAAAUCAUGGAUUUGCCGAUACGUACCCAUGUACGCAUUAGGGGCAUUGAAAAAAUUCACCCGCGUGUCAUUAGUCGUGACGUUGAGGCUAUCAAACGUUCACAGACGAUUGCUGAAAUUACGAAUAACAUGGCUGAGGCGAAAAAUAGGUGGGUGAGUAUGGGCUUUUUUAACUCAGUAAACUUUAAUUUGGAGCCCACAUACGAUGGGGAAGCUAAUGAUGUUUGUGUUCACAUAGACGUUGAAGAGGCUAAACCCAAAAAAUCGUUUGGCAUUUUUACGACUGAAACUGUCGUUCCCGAGUUGACACUUUCUUUGGAAAAUAUUUUUGGAGGAAGGUACACUUUAUCUGGGAACUAUGUUCCUCCAACUUCGCGUACUCAUGCUGCAUCCUUUUCGUUAAUUUCCAGUGCUCCAUUUGUGGGACAAGUGGGAGAGUAUUACAUCGGGAAGCGGACUGAAAACAGAGUACAUCAUCCCGCUACUUGUGAAAGAAUAGAGGAAAUUCGGGCUACUACAAAAAAUAUAAAACGGGGAUUUGCGUCGGAAUUUUCAGUUGGAUUUCAGAGAAGAAUUUUGGUCUCCAAAGAAAAAGGUCAUUUAAAUUCAGACCUUUUAAAUGACUUUUCAACCACGUUUAAGGGAUAUAUGAGACAUGAAUUAGCGUUAUCGAAUGUAGGGUAUCAUGCGGAUCCUUUUUUAGCAAAUAUGUAUCCUUUACCAAUUCAGGGAAAUCAGUUGAGUGUAAAAAAUGAACUUGCUGGUGGGCCUUGUGGUGGUCAAUUUACUUUUUUUAAAUCUGAAAUACAAGCAGCAAAAUAUUGGCCGCUUGGACCCUUUUGUAGUCUUCAGUGGAAUACUAAAUUGGCGGGUAUAUGGUCCUAUCGACAGGCUAGAAUACCGUUAAAUGACAGACUUUUUCUUUCAAACUGUCAUGUUCGUGGAUUUAAAAGCGUGGGACCUUCGACUCUUGACAAUAAUCAAAAUGAAGGUGGUCGAUUUGCUGCAACGGGUGGUAAUGCACUAUGGGCAUCAUCAAUUAGCAUAAACUUUCCAUUUCUCUUGUUUCCACAUAAUGGAUUAGCUUCUAUGCAUCUCUUUGCAAAUGUGGGUAAUUUAAGAAUGAUACAAUGUCAAUCAGAACUCAUUGAUAUUGGUAAAUGGUUUCGUUCUUGUGCUGCUUCAGUUGGGUUUGGUGUGGUGGUAACGCGAAUUCCACUGUUCGGUGUUGCGCCCAGUGGACGUUUUGAAUUAAACUUUUCACUUCCUGUAGGCAUUGAUAGAAAUUGGAAUGUCACUUGGAGAAAUGGUAAUAAAAAUCUGUUUGAUCAUGUCAAGUUUGGACUAACGUGGUCUUCAGCCUUUUCAUUGUAA